UGAACCCACAAAUCUCUAUUUCUCUCUCUCCCUCCUUCAAUCACUCUCUUCCACAAUGCAUGCAGCCUGUACAAACAACCCCCAUGCAAGUUUUUUCUUUCUUUAAUUUUUCUUCAAACCACAGAAAAAAAGAAGAAGAGGUUUUCCUUUUUACGUUAAUUCGCCACCUCCAAAUAUUACAUUCUCCCUCUCUCUCUCUCUCUCUCUCUCUCUCUCUCUCUCUCGGGACAAAGCGCAAAGAAAUGACGCCCUUUUACCUCCUCUUCUUCCUUGUUUUCUUCAACAUUGCAACCUCGGAAUCGAAGCUCACGCUCGACUACUACAGCAAGACAUGCCCCCGUCUCCAGGACAUCAUCCGACAAGUCGUCACCGACAAGCAGAUUGCCGCCUCCUCCACCGCGGCCGCCACCCUCCGCCUCUUCUUCCAUGAUUGCAUGGUAAAUGGUUGCGAUGGCUCCAUCCUCAUCUCCUCCAACGCGUUCAACACUGCCGAGCGCGAUGCCGAGAUCAACCUCUCCCUCCCCGGCGACGGUUUCGACGUCAUCACGCGUGCCAAAACCGCCCUCGAGCUCGAAUGCCCCGGCGUCGUCUCAUGCGCGGAUAUCCUCGCCCUCGCGGCCCGCGACCUCGUGACCAUGGUCGGCGGCCCCUACUACAACAUCCGCUUGGGCCGAAAGGACGGCUUCAUUUCGAAAGCAUCCGAAGCCGAGGCUGCCAUGGCGAAGCCGACGAUGCCCCUGACUCAAAUCAUCAAAAUCUUCCAGUCGCGAGGGUUCAACACGCAAGAGAUGGUGGCUCUGAGCGGAGCGCACACGAUCGGCUUCGCGCACUGCAAGGAAUUCAGCAAAAGGCUGUUCAAUUUCAGCAAGAAAUCGGACUACGAUCCCACGCUCUACCCCAAGUACGCGGAAGGACUGAGGAAGCUCUGCGAGAACUACACCAAGGAUCCCACGAUGUCGGCAUUCAAUGACGUGAUGACGCCGAACAAGUUCGACAACAUGUACUACCAGAACCUCCAGAAAGGGCUGGGGCUGCUGGCCUCGGAUCAAGCGAUGGCAGUGGACAAGAGGACGAAGCCGUACGUGGACCUGUACGCGGCGAACCAGACGGCGUUCUUCCAGGCGUUUACUCACGCCAUCGAGAAAGUGAGCGUGUAUCAGGUGAAGACGGGGAGGAAGGGAGAGGUGAGGCACAGAUGCGAUGCUUUCAACUCUCUCAAGACUUGAAAUCUCAAAAGGUUCGAUGGAUCUACAAGUAAUUUUACUACGUGUGAUGAUGAGGACAUAAAAGCAAAGCAAAACAGCAAUGUUGAUGAGAUGAAUGGCAAUGUUUUACUAUUACACGAGCGAUGGUAUCCUCGCAGAUGCUGCCCGAUCAUAGACUGCUUUCAAUUGGCCUCUCUUUUUCCUCCAUUUUUCCUUGAUUAAAUACAGCUUUCUAGUGUUAUUGCUA